CACGAAUAAUUAUCUAGAAAUUAAGUCCAUCCAUCUUAUAAUAACAGGGUAAAUUUUCAAGACGGCUGGGAAGAGAAAAAGCGUUGAGGGGUGAUACUGAUGUCACAUGGGUCGCGUUGAGCUUUGGUCUCGACCCUCCCCCGCAUGUGCCUCCAGAGAAAGCAAGCGUGAGACUUGACUGUGUCUGUGUUCCACCUGCUCCGGACUUCCCCUUUUUUUCCAUUUUUUUUUUCUCUGGUCACGAAGAAGAUCUGUUCCUGGCUGUUCCUGAGUCUGUCUUUUGCUAGACCAAUAGAUUGCUUUUGCUGUGUUGCGGCGUCGCUUUCCUUGAAAUCAAGAACCAGUACUGAUCCGACUAUCGUCAUUGCUUCCUCAUGGCUUCAGAAAGCUCUCAAUCAAUACCUGCCGAUGGCACUGGUGUUAUCCAGCUUGACCCUUGGCUUGAGCCAUUCCGGGGAGCUUUGCAGCACAGAUUCAGUGUCGUGAAAGACUGGCUCAAGAUCAUUGAUGAGACUGAGGGCGGAUUGGAAAAGUUCAGCAGAGGUUACGAGAGUUUCGGCCUCAAUGUCCGUGACAAUGGCGACAUUACAUACAGAGAAUGGGCACCCAGUGCCGUCGAAGCACAUCUGGUCGGAGAUUUCAACAAAUGGGAUACCAAGGCCACCCCGAUGACCAGGAACUCAUUCGGUGUCUGGGAACUUACACUGCCUGCAAAGGACGGUGUUCCGGCAAUUCCUCAUAACAGCAAAGUCAAGAUAGUAAUGAUUACCCGUGCCGGGGAGCAAAUCUAUCGAAUCCCCGCGUGGAUCAAACGUGUCACUCAAGAUCUAAAUGUUUCCCCGGUAUACGACUCAGUAUUCUGGAACCCACCGGAAGAAGAGAAAUACAAAUUCAAGAAUUCCCGGCCCAAGAAGCCCGAAAGUCUUCGUAUUUACGAGGCGCAUGUAGGAAUCUCAUCGCCAGAGACCAAGGUUGCAACAUACAAACAGUUUACUGCGAAUAUGCUUCCCCGAAUCAAGUAUCUGGGAUAUAAUGCAAUUCAGCUGAUGGCCGUUAUGGAACAUGCCUACUACGCUAGCUUUGGCUACCAAGUCAACAACUUCUUUGCGGCGAGCAGUCGCUAUGGCACACCCGAAGAUCUGAAGGAACUCAUUGAUACCGCUCACAGCUUGGGUCUGGUUGUUCUUCUUGAUGUAGUGCACAGCCAUGCAUCAAAGAACACUCUAGACGGACUCAACAUGUUUGAUGGUUCAGACCACCUUUACUUCCACGAGGGAACAAAGGGCCGACAUGAGCUGUGGGACAGUAGACUGUUCAACUUUGGUAGCCAUGAGGUGCUGCGCUUUCUCUUGAGUAACCUACGAUUCUGGAUGGAAGAAUAUCAAUUUGAUGGCUUCCGUUUUGACGGAGUUACGAGUAUGCUCUACACUCACCAUGGAAUUGGAACAGGCUUCUCGGGUGGAUACCACGAAUACUUUGGCCCAGCAGUCGAUGAGGAGGGUGUAAUGUAUUUGACUCUUGCCAACGAAAUGCUUCACAAGCUAUACCCCGAAUGUAUAACAGUGGCCGAAGAUGUGUCCGGCAUGCCAGCACUCUGCCUGCCCUAUGCCCUGGGUGGAGUUGGUUUUGACUACCGUCUAGCCAUGGCCAUCCCAGACAUGUACAUCAAGCUUCUAAAAGAGAAGUCAGAUGAUGAAUGGGACAUUGGCAAUCUCUCUUUCACAUUGACAAACCGACGUCACGGCGAGAAGACAAUCGCCUACGCAGAAAGUCAUGACCAAGCUCUUGUGGGAGACAAAUCCCUCAUGAUGUGGCUCUGUGACAAGGAGAUGUACACAAACAUGUCUGUCCUAACGGAAUUCACUCCCAUCAUCGAACGAGGCAUGGCUCUACAUAAGAUGAUCCGACUAGUCACCCACGGCCUCGGCGGCGAGGGAUAUCUCAACUUCGAAGGCAACGAGUUCGGCCACCCCGAAUGGCUCGACUUCCCCCGUGCUGGAAAUAACAAUUCCUUCUGGUACGCUCGUCGUCAACUAAACCUAACCGAAGACAAUCUUCUCCGAUACAAAUUCCUCAAUGACUUCGACCGCAGCAUGCAGCUAACCGAAGAGAAAUACGGCUGGUUGCACUCGCCCCAGGCAUACGUCAGUCUCAAGAACGAGGCUGACAAGGUCCUCGUCUUCGAACGCGCAGGACUUCUCUGGAUAUUCAACUUCCAUCCCAGGGACAGCUUCACUGACUACCGUGUUGGUGUUGACAAAGCCGGUACUUACCGGAUUGUCUUGGACACUGACGAUAGUGAAUUUGGUGGCUUUGGUCGUAAUCUCAAAGAGACUCGCUUCUUCACGACAGACAUGUCGUGGAAUGGACGAGCUAACUAUUUGCAGGUUUAUGUUCCAACAAGGACAGCAAUAGUCUUGGCCCUAGAAGAAACACUAUAAAACCAACCUUCACCAUCCCUGCCUUACUCCACUUUCUUGUUCCCUUGAUUCUUUCUUCACCUUAAUAUUCCUAUUCGAGAAAUGCUUCAAGGAUUAUUCAUGGUUGCGUAUUCUUUUCUUGAUAUCUAUAUUUUUCUGAUUGGUCUAGAUCUAAUUGAUCUUUCUAUCAUGUUUAUUAUGAUCUUCUGUUACGUGUUCUGGCGAGUUUUAUCUAAAUCCAAUGAAUUCGACACAAUGUGCCUUUCUAUUCUAGCUCGAUUCCUUAUUAUGCGAAAUGAAAAUCCUAAAUGGUAGAAGUAUUCAAGGACAAUAUGAGAUCCACAUCCCUU